UUGUGUUUCUCUCUAUCUUUUUCUGAUUUCAGAGGGUUCUUCUGAGUCUUUUGACCAUGAUAUUGGGAAGUUCUUCAUCCGUGUGUGUCUCGCUCUCUGAAAGACUGAAGCUUGGCCCUUCUCUGUCUUCCUCAGGACCCUUUUUCAAACCUGAGAAUGGUGUGAGAUUCUCCAAGAGCAAUGGGGAUUGUGGGGUUGUGGCUAAGGCUAUGAUGAACGAACCCAUUUUGAAUACAGCGUUUGAACCUUUUGAGGAAGUGAAAAAAGAGCUUCUUGUCAUCCCCACAGAGCUCCAUGCGUCACUGGCUCGCCAGAACUACACAGAUCAGUCUGAGGCUGCACUCAAUGCACAGAUCAACGUGGAAUACAAUGUCUCCUACGUGUAUCAUGCCAUGUACGCCUAUUUCGACAGAGAUAAUGUUGCUCUGAAAGGAUUGGCCAAAUUUUUUAAGGACGCAAGUAUGGAGGAAAGACAACAUGCUGAGACGAUGAUGGAAUAUCAGAACAAAAGAGGAGGUAAGGUUCAGCUGCUGUCAAUGAUAAUGCCAUUUUCAGAGUUUGAUCAUGCAGAAAAGGGUGAUGCAUUAUAUGCAAUGGAACUUGCAUUGUCUUUGGAAAGGAUGAACAAUGAGAAGCUUUUAAAUUUACACAGGUUAGCAAGUGAAAACAACGAUGCUCAAUUUGUUGACUUUCUCGAAAGCCACUUUUUGGUCGAUCAGGUGGAAGAUAUUAAGAAGAUUUCAGAAUAUGUGGCUCAGUUAAGAAGGGUGGGCAAAGGACAUGGUGUGUGGCACUUUGAUCAGAUGCUCCUAAAUGGAGGUGUAGCUGCAUGAUAGCUAUAUGCAAUGUUACUAUUUCUUGCAAUCGUCUAAGCAGAAAACAUCAUGCCCAUGAACUCAUACAUAUUUACGUCAAUCCCGUUUCGCUCUCCUUUCCCAUGCUUCUUUUUGAUGUACAUGUUUCUUUUUAAUGUUUGUUGGAAUAUUAGUCUAGUCAAAGUAGUUGGGUUGAAGUUAAUUUCGAGACAUGAGUGAACCUUGAA